AUGGAAGAUACUAAAGAAUUUUGGAAUACUAUCUUGGACUAUUCAGGCAAUGCAAUGACAUAUACGGAAGCUGAUUUUGAACUGUCACAAGUAUAUAAAUGUGUUGAUUCAAAUCAAGAUGAACAAAUCAAAGAUGUAAUCUCCAUGGGAGUUGCUGAUGGAUUAAGAGAGCCAAUAUCAAUUUUAGAUCAUAUUGAAAAGCAAGGUCGUGUAUUACCCUCUAGAGUAGUCGUCAAUGAUAUUUCGGACACAUUGUUCGAUCAAGCUAAAGCUAAUUUAGUCAAUCAUGGUUGGGUUGAUAAAAUAGGUAAUGAAGUCAUUUAUUUUUUGGGUAAAAUAGAUGAAAUUAAAACAGAAAUAGUAAAGGAAACAAAAGUACGUUUGGGAAUUAUUGGCGUUUACAAUUUAGGAUAUUUGAAGAAUGCCUUACAUCUAUAUCAAAAGAAUGCAAAUAUAAUUGGUACAAAGUUUAAUGUUUAUCCCGUCUAUUUGAAUAAUGACGAAGACAACUUAAUCCUAGAACAUGGUGAAACCAUUACAUUCGAUAUCACUAAUUUGAGUGAUAAUAUUAUUAAUCAAAUUCAUAAUAAUGUAGACCAAAGUAAACGCUUAUAUGCACAAUGUGUCUAUACAACAGACAAACAUUUUGUUAGUCAUUAUUUUAACGAUGGUCUGUUGAAAGAAGUAAUCCAUGGUAUUUUCAUUGGCUAUGACAUUGAUAUUUACCACGAAGGAGAUAACGGAAGAUAUAUUGUAGUAAAGCUUCAAUGUACCAAAGAAACUGGUAAUGGCAUUACAUUAAUGACAUCCUUAAAUAAUGUUCUUGGAAAUAUUACAACUGAUACUCAAAUAAAAUCAUUGAGAGUAUUGAAGAAUUUAAUAGAUUAA